GUAAAGUGAUGUUGGUACUGGAAGGAGACGUUGUCCUUUCGCUUUUUCUUAAUUGCAAUGCUGAUAUGGAAUGAUUUGUAAUAUGAUCAAAAUCAGCUAAGGUAUCAAAAUGGAGUAAGAAAGGAACACUGAACAUGCCUUAUCCAAUCUUUGCUCUAACAGCAAAAUCACUUGAAUACCUCGGAGAUUUGCACCAGAGAAACUGACCUGAUGUAAGAAUGGCACUAAGAAGGGCAGAUGGUGUUUCAAUCAUGCAGGCCCUGGCAAUGACUGUUGCAGAGAUUCCAGUUUUUCUUUACUCCACUUUUGGUCAGUCCGUUUUCUCUCAGCUGAGGCUAUCUCCCAAGUUGAAGAAGGUGCUGUUUGCCACUGCCUUGGGCAGUGUAGCAUUAGCACUGGCUGCUCACCACCUGAAGAGGAGACGUCGACGGAAGAAGCAGCUCACUCAGGAGGAGGAAAUUCAGAAGCUCAAAGCUCCUCCUGGGCCCCUGCUGGCUUCAGGAAAGCCACUCUCAUUAAAACGAGGUUACUCUAGCAGGAGGGUGCAGAGUCCCAGUAGCAAGAGCAAUGACACACUAAGUGGAAUCUCUUCCAUCGCUCCAAGCAAACAUUCCAGCUCGUCUCACAGUUUGGCUUCUGUGCAUGUCACUGUGAAUUCUCCCAGUCCAGAGACCAGUCAGGCUGCACCAUGGGAGACCAAGCAGGAGGAGUGCCAGGGUGUUGAAGAUAUUAGUGCUGACAACCUGUACUUCAUGGGAAUGGAGCUGUUCGAAGAGGCUUUGCAUAAAUGGGAGCAAGCACUUAGCAUUCGACAGAGGCGUGACUCUGAGACGCAGGCAACACAGAGCAGUGUAGUCCUACACAGAGCCCCAGUUUGUCCCUCUGAGCAACUGUCACGAAACAGGGAUUUUGCACACAAACUGGAAAGCCUACUACAUCGAGCAUAUACUUUGCAAGAGGAAUUUGGAGCAAGAAUUGCACCAGAAAACUUCCUUGAAGAUUUUGAGAGUGAAGGAACCCUAAUUCUUCCACAGGUAGAAGAAUCUGAAAGGCUUCGUACAGGUGAUGAUGAUGCCAGCUUGACUUCAGAUGAGUCAUUUUUCUCAGCAGCAGAGUUUUUUGAGGCGGUCAGUGUAGGGCAUUUUCCAGAGCCACUCUCGGCGCCGACAUCGGCCUCGGAGCCUUCUCUCUCUUUGGAGCCGGCCAUUCCUUGUCAGCUUCUUCAAACAGAGCUGCUGGAGUGCUACAGUGAUCAGGACUUUCUAGCAAAGCUGCACUGUGUUCGAGCUGCAUUUGAGAUCUUGUUGCAGGAGAACAAUAACAGGCUAUUCUUUGCUGAGGUUGGAAAGAAGAUGAUUACUGGGCUAAUGAUUAGAGCAGAAAAGAAUCCUCAGGCUUUCUUGGAGAGUUAUGAUGAAAUGGUGACGUAUAUUCAGAGAGAAGAAACAUGGCCAACUACCCAGAUAGAGCUGGAAGGAAGAGGGGUGGUUUCCUUGAAUUUCUUUGACAUUGCACUAGAUUUUAUCCUCAUGGAUGCAUUUGAAGACCUGGAGAACCCACCUUCUUCAGUUGUUGCAGUGUUGAGGAAUCGCUGGCUCUCUGACAGUUUCAAGGAGACAGCCCUAGCUACUGCUUGCUGGUCGGUGUUGAAAGCAAAAAGGAGGCUUCUACGGGUUCCCGAUGGCUUUAUCUCUCAUUUUUACUCCGUAUCGGAGCAUGUUAGUCCUGUCUUGGCCUUUGGCUUUCUUGGACCUAAACAGAAACUGUGUGAAGUGUGUAGCUUUUUUAAGCAUCAAAUACUUCAAUACCUAAAGGACAUGUUUGAUCUGGAUAAGUUACGAUAUACAACUGUGCAAUCCUUAGCUGAGGACAUCCAUCAUUUGUCACAGCGACGCAGUGAAAUUCUUCUUGGCUACCUAGGAAUUGAUACACUGGCUGAUAUGAAUGGAGCAGUUCCCAAUGGCAACACUUCUUAAGAGGUUAAUAUAUGUUUUGGCAACAGAGGAAUAUUGAAACUCGUGUUACCAACGCAAACCAAGGAAUGAGUCAGUGUUACUUUUAUUUUAAAUUAAUUUACCGUGGAAUUUUAAAUGAACACACUAGGAUGUCCUUGUCAAAGAUUCACUUUUCUUGGAGUUGUUGCUUCUUACUCUACAAACUCGAGUUUUAAAAUUUUUAUAACCACUACAUACCUGCAAGUCGACCAUUAGAUGGUGCUGUACCACCCUUCCUGAAGGCACUGAUAUGCUUCAUGUCUAAAAAACAAGACUGUUGAAUACAUGGGUAUUACAGAUCAAGUCCUGUUCAGUGACAUGUCACAGAAAUGAGUCAUCCUGGUCUCUACAGAGCUCAGUAUCCCCUCCCUAAUAAUAGGAUGCAAAAUAUCUGGGCAUUUGCAACAUCUCCAUCAUGAACAGAAUAAUUUGCACUUUUGUUUGUUGGGUCCAUCCAUACCAUUUCUUUAAUUCAUACCAUUGUUGUUAUUUGUGAUAAACUGCAUUGAAAACAUACACUGCUGGAAUAUUUCAAGGCAGCCUUUCUUCAGAGCUUAGAUAUUUAGAUGGUUGAGAUGCAAGUUGAUGCUACUGGAGUGAAACCAUGAUCCUUUUAUUAGGAAGGUGCAGAAAGUGGAGACUGAGUUAGGGGGAAAACUGAUUGAAAUUAAGUAUUCUCACUGCAAAACCAGAAAGAUUAUUUAGAACAGUACUGUGCAUUUUGUAAUAUGAUAGUUGUUUUAACUAGUAGAUCGAAAUGUUUCUCAACUUCAUUUUGUUUGAAAGACUUCAUAUAAUUUAACUUGCAUAAUUUCCUAAUACUGCAAUUUGUAGUCUAUGAUCUUAAGAUAAUGACAGCUUGUCUGUUUGAAUCUACCAGCAACAUUUUCUGUGUUCAUAAAGCCACAUUUCUUAGAGAUUAUGCACAUAUGUCAAAGCUUCAGCUGUAAAUAUUGGAGGUUUGUCUGUUUGUUACCAUCACAUUAGAAAAUGUGUGAAUUGACAGUAAUUUUGUAGCAGAGUGGUAUGAUUUAGGUUAUAGUUUACACCCAGAUAUUCAUCAUCCACAUUUGGAUUUAAAAAAAAAAUGCUCAAGGACAGACACCACAGAGACUUUUUUGCUGCACUUUGAAGCCACCUAGAUGUGGUGGUAGAAAACAACGGGCCUAGACAACCUUUAUUAUACUGCAGGUUGCUGAAUACAAUGGUUUCUUUUAAUGUAGUAUAUAUGUUUAUAUUUGCACUAAUUUAUUCCAGAAGUGUUUUGUUUGCUUUGCCUGUGUUAGAAAACAUUCACAUUAGUUCCUGCAUAUUAUGGCAGUUUUGGACAAAAUUCUUAAGUUAUACCAAAAUACACUAGGUAAAUAGAAAUAUUCAAGAAGCCUUUACAAAUCCUUGCCCUGCUUAGAAAAAAAAUUAACAUCUGUUAUCUUAACUAGCCCUGAUUGCUUUUUUGUAAUACAGGCUGCCUUUUUUGCACUUUGUUUGAAGUUGUUACUCUGCUUUGCAAUCCACUGUUUCACUCCGUGGGUUAGGAUUAGUUUAGGAUCACUGAAGCCAUCCCUAUGAUGACAUUAUAGUGUGGAGUUGAAGAAGAUGCUACCAAGGCAGUGACCAAAAGAGGUCCGAGACCUUCAGUUAGCCGUAGGGCCCACAUCGCCAGGAGCCCUCCCUACCUCAAACAUGAACAUUAAAAAAAAAUUCUCAGACAUACUUGAACUUUUUGUGGAAACUGCAUUUCCUUUUGAAAUUGUGUCUGACAGUCGGUGUUUAGGUUUAGAAAGAUAUUUUUGAGUUUAUGAAGUGAGAGGUGCGAUGCAGCAUUAUUGUGUGAAAAUUAUAUGUGCAAAUCCCAUUCAUUUAAAUGUGUUGUAGGCAGUAAAUAAGAUAUGAAGCACUGUAUGAAACAAUCUUUUUUCCUCUUUCAGAAAGCCUAAGUGGUAUUGUGGUCUGUUGCUAAAAAAGAGACAGCACUGAAUAAUUUCAGUUACCCAAUUAAUAUGUGAUUAAAAUAAAAGAUGGACUGUGACAUGGAAAGCUGUUAAGUUAUAAAUUUAUUUUAAGGUGAUUUGGUAUAAUUGUUGCUUGUCAUAUUACUGGUGAAGUAGGGCUGCACAGUAUAUAUUGCAUGGAGGUGUUAGAAUUGGAGGCACAGCCCUGGUCACUAGACUGCUGUUGCAAAGACACAGAGCAGGACUGUCCAAAUGUAGUAAAACACAAGAUCACCAUCAGCAGCUUCUGCUCACUGUUUUGUGAUCUACUGAUCUAGAUAGUUAUUCUGUAAGCACUUGUGUGAACAGAGUAGAGCAAGUCUGUUAUUCUUGCUGUCUGUAUGUAGGAGUAUGUUUACAUACACACGAACUAACAAGUCUAAUCACAUACAUCGUUACUAAGUCACAGAUUGUCAGGUUGUUGUGUCACAAUCCCUCCCCUCUGUCUCUGAUACGCUGAUGCACAUUGCUGAACUCCCAGUUCCACCCACCUCCACAGCCAGGUGGGGAAAUAUGGGAGAAAACAACCAAUACCAGCUUGGCCAUCCUAGGAGAGGCAGUUACACUCAGCUGCACCUGCUGCAUGAAUGCAGAAGCAUGCAGGCUUUGUGAAUCAGCACUGCCCCAGUGGAAUCUGAGCUUGGUGCUAUCAAGCCGGUGAUGGUAGCCCUUAUUUGCAUAUGUGUGAAAGCAUGCUUGCACACUGGGAGAACAUAGCAGGCCUUCACAAUGACCCAAGUGUUCCUAUCCACCAACUGGGGGUGGGUGAGGUGUUAUUAGAAAUGCACCACAAAUGAUAGCUUCACUAUACACCCUCAGAUUUAUCAGGGACAUGGCUGUGGGUGGGUCAGUAUUGAGUUGUUCAAUAGGCUAUGGCAACAUGGGACGGUCAGUAGUGCUUUUGACUCUCUCCUUUGGGCUUCCAGGCUGCCGGUCAGGAGGGAUGGUGACAGAGAACUGAUGAGCCAUUCAGUGGACAGUUGGCUGCAGGAAAAGGCUAGUGACAAGGGUAAAGCAGUCUUCCUGCUUGCCUGCAUGACAGCUCUGUCAAGCUAGUGGCCCAUGCUGUGACUGAUUGGGAACAAAUGGUCUCAGGACUGAGUGGAGGAGGGCUGAUGAGGAGGCAAAGAACCUAUGGGGGUAAAAUGCAACUUUUCUGUUAGAGUACAUUUUGGUUACAGCAACUAUAGACAAAAAAAAUCAAGUUGAAGUCCUUGCCAUUUGCUAGUUAACUUAUUAACACUGGUGUGGUGUGAAAUGCCACACCUCUAGCAGCCUACACACAUCUUGCAUUCCAGAGCAUUUUUCUGAAAAAUAAACUUAAAAAGCUUAGGAUAGAUGUAAAUAUUUUGUGAACAGUAAAAACUAUUAAAAGUGUACAAAUAGUAAUGUUCUCAGGCAAAAAUAUUCUUUACAGUGAUAAUAGUCAGUGCGUUCAUAUUCUUUUCCACAAAUACUGUAAUGCAUCAUAAUUCACACAAACCCCAAGUUGUAUUUUAUGUAAACUUUCACAAACAAAUUUACAUUAUCUUGAACAUUGUACAACCUUGACAUAUAUUGUUAGAACAUUUUUUUAAUCAGACAUAAGCUUUCAUGUGACAAGAAAUUCCCAUACAAGUGCAUGUCAAUUGAAGUGCUUACGGAAAUAUGAAAACAUAUGCUUUAUUGUAUAACAACUAACAAUAUUUCCAGGAUAGUGUGACAUAAACCAGCAUUGACAAUGAAUGACAGUGAAUUGACCAUGUCUCCCACAGUGGUGUUUCACAUCAUACACUUCAAUAACAUGUAGUCUCUCAGUUAUGAAAAUAUGAACGUAAAUUUGAAAAUAUGAAUAAUGCGUUUCAAAGAUUAAUUUCUCCACUGCAGAACAUCCUAGCCUCCGUCUUAGUGUAAUUUUGUUGAUAACUCUUUUCCCUUUCUAAUACUGCAUAUUAUUAGCUGUUAAGUCACUUAGUUAAGGAAGCCAGAGCCAAAAAAGUUCUGAAUGUCAUAAGGGUGGUAUGGGUGUGAACUGGAAGUAUACAAAAGUGUUUAUACUUGAGUGAAUUAUCGAAGAUUAUGAUCGGCUCACUGAUCAUAACCAGUUUAUUAUGUGUUUGAGACAUGGAUACCAAGAAAUUUGCUUUCAAGGUGAAUCUUGGCAUCCAUGUCGAGAACAAACAAAAUUUGGGGUUAUGAUCGGUGUGAGACACCGUAAUUCUUUGUAGUGAGUGAAAUUUUAUGUGCUCUAUGUAUUACUAGUUAUGGGGAAAAGUCACUAAGUGUUUUGUUUGCUUUCAAAGUUGUAAAAUACUUACCAGACAGUGUCAGAACAGCAGUGUAACACUAUGUGUCACAUUUUUCACCUACAUUUCAUGUUUCUCCACUGUCCACUUUUCUGUAGAAUGUCCAGACUAUUGCUUCAUAUUUUUGGUUUGUUCCUCAUAAAAUCUGUCGUUUGUGGAUAAACUGCUAAGGAUUGAAGUCAUUAAACAACAUGUGUCAGA